GCAUUAACAUUUUUACGAAACCCGCUGAAUUUGGAACUCUCAAGGUUAACGGGUUCAUGUUGAUAAUACUACAUUAUUACUAAUCUCGAUGGAGAGGCAGAGGUCUUUCGAAGUUCUUCAUGUUGAUGAUGAAACUUUUAACCUAGAGAAUGAUAGUCUUGUCGAAAGUGUCUACUUGGUUUCUGAGCAAGCUGUUUCUGAUGAAUCACCUUCUUACACUGAGGUUUCGGAGUCUGACAAGUCAGAAACUUCUCUAUCCACAUCGACGUUCGAUUUCGUCAAACUGGACUGCGACCAAAACCAUGCUGCCAUUACACAACCCUCUCCAUCUUGUAACUUGGACCAGUUACAUUGUCUAAGCAUACCUGAUGAGAAAGAGCCAACUAUUGUAUAUGAACAAUCAUGUAUCCAAUCGUCAACGUACUCUGAAAUAAAUGCCUCUGAUCGGAUACAUUUUUACUUCCGUGAUUUUCUUUUGGGAGGCAUAAUUUUCAGUUUGCUUUUAGGUCACAUGCUGUAUUCUGAACAAUGUUAUAAAAAUCGAAUUGCUGGUUGUGAAAUCGAACGUGACAAAUUAUCAACAAACAUUUCUUUUCUAUCGACUGAAAUUUUACAAAAAGAUACAGAAUAUCGACAUCUGGAAAUUAAACAUAAACACCUUAAAAAUGUAACACAUCAAUUGCAUUCAGAUAUAUCUAUACUAACAGCUGAAUUACGUGACAAAGCCCUAGCUUACAAUGAAUUAAAAUCAGACUACAAAUAUGUCAGUGAUAAAAUGAAAGAGUUAACCAAUGAAUAAUCAAUUUGAAUAAAUGGAGGUUCAUCAUAUUCAUUAUCAACCUAUAAAUUACAAAGAUGUACAUACAUAGAAAUUGUUUUAAAAAAUUCUGCAUAACAAAAUGAGAAUUAAAAGACACUUGUCUAUGUAAAUGAAUAUUAAUUUGAGAAAACAAAUAAGUAUGAAUGCGAUAACUUCAAAAUCCGACCACACCUAACUACCUACCCCAUGACUUCAUUAAAAAAAAAGUACACACACUGACAAACAAUCACAAUGAAAAACGAAAAAUAAAAAGAACUUUGAAACUUUAUGCCAGACAAUUUCUUCUUUUAUAAAAGAAAGAUUAUGAGAUGUUAUUUUCAGCUUUAGUCGAAAAUUACAUAUAGAUUUUAGUAAAAUAUAUCCCAGUUAAUAUACCAGGUAAAUCUGAUGUUUCUUUUUAUCUUUUCUUGUAAAUAAUGUUAUCAAUUUUAGUUAACUCGGAUAAUUGUCAAACUAUCAUCAGUAUAUAUAAGUACGUGCUUUACAAAAGUACAUCUAAUUUUUUAUAUGACACAUAUAAAAGAAAACUAUCUAAACUGAAGAUUUCUUGUUAGUAGUCUCCAAAAAAAACAUUAUUUGCAUGAAAUAGAUUUUUCAC